UUUUCGUCCGGUCCAGAGCUUCCCAAAGCGUGUUGCGUCACUUGCGUGUGUUCGCGGACGAGAGUCUCAGAGAGAGAGAGAGAGAGAGAAAGAGAGAGGGCUGGGAUUGGCAUUGGCAUUGGCAUAGAAAUGAGGCACCGGAGGUUCGUGCAGAUUUCGACGAGCGACGACGACGAGGAGGAGGAGGCGCCGCCGAGGCAGCAGCAGCAGCAGCCACAGUUAUUGAACUCCGAAGACAAGAGCCAGCCGCGGCGGAAGAGCCUGAAGCGCCUGAAGCUCGCGGAGGAGGAAGAGGAGUCGAAGGAGAAGAAGCGCCUGAAGCUCGCGGCGGAGGAAGAGGAGUCGAAGGAGAAGAAGAGGAAGAAGGGGAGGGAAGCGUCGGAGGACGAAGAGGAAGCAGAGGAGGCGCCGCAGCAGGAGGACGCCAAGCCGAUCGGCGAGCCGGCGAGGUUCUCCGGGAAAGGGAGAGGCCAGAGAAGCCACUACAAGGCGUUCGAGUUCAACAACAACCGAUACGAGCUGGAGGAUCCUGUACUUCUAGUUCCUGAGGAUAAGGAACAGAAGCCUUACGUGGCAAUAAUUAAGGAUAUUACUCAAACCAAAGAUGGGAGCAUGAUGGUAACUGGGCAGUGGUUUUAUCGCCCUGAAGAGGCUGAGAAAAAAGGUGGUGGAAGCUGGCAAUCAAGUGAUACAAGGGAGCUGUUUUACAGUUUCCAUCGUGAUGAGGUCCCAGCAGAAUCUGUGAUGCACAAGUGUGUGGUGCAUUUUGUUCCCAUAGACAAGAAGCUUCCAGAUCGUAAACAGCAUCCUGGUUUUAUUGUACAAAAAGUGUAUGACAAUGUUGCAAAGAAACUGGGGAAACUGACUGAUUCAGAUUAUGAAGAAAUAAGGAGCACGAAAUACAAGUCACAUGCAUCACAUUCCAUGAAAUAGUAGCACUGCCAAAUGUAAAUAGAUAUCCCAUUUAUCAUCGACCUUAAGGGGAUCAUAAAGAUGAUAUGUAUCUGUAUAUCAAACUAACUGUGAAUUUGAUCCACUUGUAUAAAAUAUUCUCACGUCUCUGUUGUUCCA